GCAUUGUCAUAGAGGAGAGGAAUAUCAAAUUAAUUUCACAGACACUCUUCACGUUUAAGACACAAGCUAGUAAUAUCAAGAAAAAAGAUGGAAUGGAAGAAGUGUUAUUUGGAUGUGAUAUUGGUGCCCUUAGGAUUUCUUAUAAGCAUUGGUUAUCAUUUCUGGCUGUGGUACACUGUUCGAACACAUCCACAUACAACUAUCAUUGGCAUCAACGCCAGUGGUCGACGAAAUUGGGUUGCGGCCAUGAUGAAGGACAAUGACAAAAAGAACAUCCUCGCUGUUCAAUCACUUAGGAACACAAUCAUGGGUGCGACCCUAAUGGCCACAACCUCUAUUCUCCUAUGCUCAGGCCUAGCAGCAAUCGUAAGCAGCACCUACAGUGUGAAGAAGCCUCUUGAGGACACAGUUUAUGGGGGUCAUGGAGAGUUCAUGAUAUCACUCAAAUAUGUCACUUUGCUCUCUAUUUUCCUCUUCUCAUUCUUCUGCCACUCUUUGUCCAUAAGGUUCAUAAACCAAGUCAACAUCCUAAUCAACACCCCUCAGGACCCCAUGUCGUCCUUGGUCACCCCUGAAUAUGUCAAUGAGAUUUUGGAGAAAGGCUUCCUUCUAAACACUGUUGGAAACAGACUCUUUUAUGCGGCACUUCCUCUGCUGCUUUGGAUAUUUGGCCCCGUGUUGGUGUUCCUGUGCUCUCUCACUAUGGUUCCAGUGCUUUACAAUCUUGACUUUGUGGUUACUAGUACUAACAAGGGAACGAUGGACGACGUCAAUCAGAAUAGAGAUUUUUUAUGAGCUAGCUAAUGUAAUAUAUAAAUAUUAAUCGUGUUAAGUAAGAAUUUAUGAAGUUGGUAUUUUGUAUUUCAAUGAUCAGAAACAAGUAUGUUCUACUUCUACCCUUGUAACAAGGUAUUAGAAGGGAUUUUGACUCAACGUUGUGAAUGCA